AUGGCCUCCAGAGCACCCCACAGGAGGCCUAGAGGGCCACAUGUGCUCCAAAAUAGCGGGAAACGUUGGGGGACUUCUAGGCCAGGAUCAUUUUUGGUUACCUCCGAUGUGGUGUUCGAUGUCAGGCUCCAGAACAAGGCGGACAAGGCGCGGAAGAAAGGCAUCAAAGGUUACGACCUCAUCGACGCGAUAGACCCGUUCUGGGGCGAUGACACUCCACGGUAUGAGGGGCCCAAGCAGGUGCUCGACGCCAUCGGCGACGGGAACGGUCGUGUGACUGCAGAGGACUGGAAGCGGAUCGGUCUCCCCGAAGACCAUUUUUCAUAUUUCGACAAAAACAGCGACGGGAUCAUGGAUGCGGCUGAGUGCAACUCUUGGUGGUUGCAGCGGAAGCCGGCCAAGACCAUGGAUCUGUCGGAGGUACACAACCCACCGAAGGGUCAUUUGGAGCGCCUUUUCUCGUGGAAAGACCCCCUACCGUCAGAUGACUUGGUCUACAAGAAGCCCUAUCCGCACCCUCGAGAUUUCUGGAGCAAGCACAUGGACGGCUAUCUGCCGGCAAACCUCAAAGGUGCCCAGCUCGGCUGGCCCGCCAUGAACUGGACCAGGGAGGUCUUAGCCGAGCGCUUCGGAUGGGUGGACGCCAAGCUGGAGCCCAAGGUCGAGGGAAGGGGAAACACCACGGCCUACAAAGACCUGGACACGAUAGCGCCCAGGCACAGGCUGAACAUAUCCGAGUACCUCAGGGUCGAGGCAGGUGUCAACAUGUACGUGGUGUCGAUCAUCCCGCAGGUCAUGGCCUGGGAGGUGGCACACCCGUCGGUGCUGCUCUGCGGCUCGCGCAGGAAGAUGGUGGACAGGCGCUCCGCCCCGCCCUACAAGUUGGGGAAGCACGAGUACCCUCACGAGAAGAGGCACGACUGGAUGACCCAUCUUUUUGAGGCCAACUUGUGGAUCGCCUCUGGACGGACCCGGUCACAGUUCCACUACGACAAGGAGUGGAACGUGAAUUGUCUCCUGUCUGGCCGGAAGCGCUGGGUGUUCCUGAACAGCUUCUGGUAUGACGAGGAUUUGCAGUGGGCUCGCGGAAACAAGUUCAAAAGGACGAAUCCAUUGAACAACGCGUGGACUGAUUGGGUUUUCCUGGACCCAGACCACGUUGAUCUGAUCGUCCAGCACAAGAUGCGAGACAUGGACUAUCGAAGACGCCUACGCCCACGCGAAACACCCCCGGGUCGCCUGGGAAACCCGGGGUCCUGGCCAUGA